AUGAAGAUAUCUGAGGUUGCAAGAGUUCAAACUGAAUUCAGUGAUGUGGAAAGUGGCCUUGCAUAUGCUGAUGCGAGAGGGGAAGCAGAAAACAAGCCGGGAGAACUGCCCGGAGAGUUGAGAGUUAGUCAUAGUCAUAGAGAUAACAUUUUCGAGAGUUUCUCUGGUGAUCAUUCAGAAGAAAAUAAUAAUACUAAGAGCGAAUUUGAUGUCGAAACAUUCAGUACGGCGCCAGCCGAAGUUACAUCAGAGAGUAGUACCGCCGAACCAACUCUAUUAACUGCAUUUGAGAGAGGCGACCCUGAUGACCCUCACAACUAUCCGAUAUGGAGAAAGGUUUGCCAUUCUCUGGUACUAGUAUGUAUGUGUUUUAUCACUGCAAUGUCUUCUGCUAUGUAUACUCCAGCAUUGGUGGAUAUUGAGACAAAAUAUAAUAUCUCAAGAGAGCUUGCCCUGUUAUCCACUGGUAUGGUGCUCGUAGGGUACAGCUUUGGACCGAUCAUUUGGAGUGGGGUGAAUGAAGCGUUUGGAAGAUGGUACGCAUGGACGGUGGGUUUUGCUAUUUUUCUUUUAUUCCAGAUCCCGACUGGACUGGAUCCGAAUUUCCAGACCCUACUAAUAGGACGGUUUUUCCAGGGCUUUUUUGGAGUUAGCACGCUGGUGACAUUUGGAGGUGCCAUGAGCGAUGUAUGGGACUACUCCACUAGAAGCUAUGCGGCAGCUGCUGCUGUGUUUGCUAUAUUUGCUGCUCCUGCUUUGGGUCCUGUCAUUUCAAGUUUCUUUAUUAAAUGGGUAAGUUUUGGCUGGAUCUCCUGGAUAAUAAUUAUUCUGGGUGGUGUGGUCUUGACCCUUGACAUACUUUUCAUAAAAGAAACAUUUCCUCCUGUCUUGUUACGGAACAAGGCUGUGAAACUUCGAAAAGAGGGCCACAAUGUCUGUGCUCCACUUGAGGCAAUCCCGCCAACUUUAAAAAAUUUAACAACAAAAUACGCAAUUAGACCGUUUAUCAUGUUAGUAGAAGACAAAGCUCUGGGGUUCCUAUGUGUGUAUGCCGGAAUCUCUUACGGACUCUUAUAUACAGUGUUAGCAGCCCUUCCUGUUACUUUUUCGACCUACAGGAAAUUCUCAUUCAUUCCAACCUAUCUACCUAGUAUAUCUCUUUUAGUGGGCGUAGCAAUGACGUCCACCUUCAUAAGUGCCACCAACAGAAACUACGUGCGGGCACUAAAAAUGUCUGGUGCAAUGGUUCUGCCCGAUCAACGACUAAAGCCCAUGAUGUUGGCUGCUCCACUUCUACCAGUGGGUUUAUUUAUUUUUGCAUGGACUGCUCCGUUCCGACAUGUUCAUUGGAUCGCACCCGUAAUAGGGUCUGCCAUUGUAGGCUUCUCGACCUCUACUAUUUUCAUUUCCUCCAUCUCAUAUAUGAUAGAAUCCUACAAACAGUAUGCAACUUCUGCCUUUGCACUGAAUGCUAUUAUCCGGUCUCUAGUUGCUGUUCUGUUGCUGUUGGUUUUCUCCCGCAUGGUAGAGGCUAUGACCCUCCAAGGAACCUUCUCUUUCUUUGGGGGCGUGGCGAUUCUUAUUGCUCCAGGGCCAUUCAUCUUGCAUAGAAAUGGAGACAAAUGGAGAAAAGCCUCUAAAUGGGCAUAA